UCUAGUAACCUCUUUGUGUUACAACUUCAAGAUUCCGUUUCUCAAAUCUCCAUUAGAUGUCGUCCAAAUCUCUCCAAGUUGUUCUCCUAGUCAUUCAUCAACAAAUGGUUACCUUUUUGUCGACUUUUAAGUCACAGUGCUCUGUUGCUGCGGUCGCUGCCCGCGGCUGAUGACAGUCUAAUCACCAGUUUGGCGCCAGUUUCAUGCGAAGCGUCUGUUGAUUAACUUGUUGAAUGCUCUGUGCGUCCUGUGACUGUGACCGAGUCCUGGCCCUAUAUUGAGUGCUGCUCCUAUUCAAUUGCGUAGCGUCAGGUCAGCAGACACAACCGCAAAGAAUGUCGUGGAAAGAGCGAAAGAGGGCUGGAGAGGGGCGGCGAUGAUGACACUGAGAGACGCCUCCACCGACAACAGCAGCACCUUGCCCCACAAGCAAUGUUAUCGUUAAUCGAUGGUCGCCCAUCAACUAGAACUACGCUAAGCAAAUAAGCAACAGGAGCUGCUUUUUGGGGGUGGUCUGAGACGCCACCAGAACGCCUCGACGAAGCCAGCAACAACAGCAACAGCAACAACAAUAACAAGAACAACUACGACCGACCGCAACGAAAUCGACAACGACGACGACUAGAAAUAAAUAAACAGAAGCAGCUUUAGUUGCUGGCGGCAAUUCCUGACGAGCAUGUCACGCGGAGUCCACCUACUCGAGAAUAAUUUCACAGAAAAUUCAAAUUAAAUUCUCCUCACAAUGCUGGCUCCCCAAGAGAAUCGUUUCCAGUAUCUUUACUUUACCCUCUCGGGUCUGGUGGCCUCCACCAUCUUGAUUCUCGUCUACAUUUCCAUGCGCACAAGUCUUAAUGAACGCAUGCGCAUUGAUCUCGAUGGAGUGCAACGACGUUUGAUCUAUGAGAAGCCGAAUCCUCAUUGGGCCUACAACAACAGCUGGAGGCGGAUUGGAAAUGCCUCGCUCAGACAUGAGAUCUAUUCGGCGUACUUCGAUGUGAGAACGAAUGUUGUAGGCAAGGUGGUACUGGAUGAUGAACAAAUUACCAUUGGAUCGUUGCGUUUAUUUGCCAUAUUGCCGGAACGUCUGCGCGACUCCCAAGUGAGUUGCAUAGUUCGCUAUGCGGACUUUAGCAGUCACGAAAUCGUGGCGGAGGAGGCAGGAGCGAUGCAUGAUGUCCACAACAAUAGUUUCGCGGCCUGGAGCAUCAUGUGUCCAGUGCAUGUGUCGAGACGAGAGCCCCUCCGACUGCCCCAGGCGGUGGCCUUGAGUUAUGCCUCCAACAGACUGAGUCACUUGAGUCCGACGUUCAUACAGAUAAGCUACCCCCGCGAUAUAUCUCAGCUGUUUGCCAAAUCUCGACCCACGAUAUCCAUGUGUGUGGGUCCUCUGCAGGAGAACUACUCGAAUGUGCUGCGUCUGGUGGAAUUUGUAGAGAUGUAUCGCCUCCAGGGAGCAACUCACUUCUACUUCUACUAUGUGGAAGCCAGUGAGGAAGUGCAGCGAGUGCUCCACCACUAUCAGCGUAUGGGAUUGGCCGAUGUGUUCGAGUGGAAUGUGCAGAACCAUCUGCAGGAUCUCCACUAUGCGGGAAUAGUGGCCCAGUUCAAUGACUGUGUCUAUCGUGCGAAUGUCGUGGACAAUUAUCGAUACGCAGCCGUCGUGGAUCUGGACGAAGUUCUGAUGCCCUUGAAACACAAUACACUCAUCGAAUAUCUGCGCCAGUGCGAUGAGGGACGAACAGCGGGUUUUGUCUUCCGCAAUGUGUUUUUCUAUCGCAAGGACAGCAACGACACAUUCAAUGCCCCGCCCCAUGUGAUCAAUCGCCUGCUCUACACUCAGUCGAAGGUGCGGCGAACCCUGGAGGUACUGCCAGCCUACAUGCGGAGCAAAGUCGUGGUGAAUACUCGCGCCGUUGUCGAGAUGGGCAACCAUCAGGUGUAUCGCACAGCGCCGGGUUUCGUGGAUCACAUUGUCCAUCCCACAGUGGGUCUGUUGUAUCACUAUCGGGACAAGUGCAUCAAUUGCAAGAUGGUUCUGAUAGUCGACUACUCGGCGAGACGAUUUGGAUCAUUGCUCUUCGAUCGCGUGGACACCACUUGCCUGGAGGUCUUCAUGGAGCGCAGAGGCAUCUGUGAGCUGGCGUAGCCAACUGAUAAGCUGUGACAUUAGAAAAAACGCCCCUCAAAUUCCAUUUUGAAUCAGUUCAUCUAUACGACUGAAGCUGGCAACAUGCUUAAAUUCUGUUCACUACGUCGUUUUAAAGAACAAUCCACCCAACCACCGACUUCAAGUCAACGUGUGACCAAAAGUGUACGAUAAAUUAGUUAGUUAGUUAAGUUUAUUUCUGUUGCUCUCCCUUCUCUUUUGUAAUUCUAAGUGUUAGUUGAUAAUA